ACAAAUGCUUCUUUCAAUUCGCAAACAAAAUUUCUUCUAAAAUACUCCUUCUUUGCGGUACUAGUCUCUUCCGGCUGUCACAGUUAAGGAUUCGAGUCGCCGGAGAAGCAAUAUUUGUCCGCCAAAACGUGACGGCGAACUCGCUUUUCCAUUUUAAGUGUGAAUUUUGUCAAAAAGCUUAAAUUGUCUUGUGUACAUGGAUCGAUACGAUCGAGAUGAAUCUCCAGUGAGAGAACACAGGGAGGAAGGGGCAUAUGACGAUAGUGUGGACCAAAAUGGGAAUGAAAAGUCCAGUGAGCAUCGGAGCAAGGAUAGGAACAAGAGUAGCAGCCGAGGUGAAGACAGGGAUCAUCGAAAUAAAGACAGAAAAGAUUUGGAAAAAGUUCUGAAGGAAAGGAGGAAGGAGGAGAGAGAUGAGCGUGACAAGGAGAGAAUCAAAGACAGAGAAAAGCAUAGGGAGAGGGAGAAGGAUAGGAAGGACAAAUAUAAGGAAAAGGAACCAGAGAGAGAUAGGGAAAUUGAGAAGGAGAGGGGAAAGGAGAAGAGUAGGGACAGGGAAAAGGACAGAGAAAGGGCCAAGGAGAAGGAAAGGGAGAAAGGUAGGGAGAAACAUAAGGAUAGAGAGAAGGAGAGGGAAAGUGAGAAGGAUAAGGACAGAGAAAAAGUGGACAAAAGCAAAGAAAAGGGAAGGGAGAUGGAUAUAGACAAAGACAAGUCAAGAGAAAGAGAGAGAACGAGCAAGAAGGGACGUGAAGAACAUUAUGGUAGGAACAGUAGCAAUAAGCUCAAAUUGGAUUAUGAAGAUAAUAGGGAUAGGGAUACUAACAAGCAAGGAAAGGUUUCUUUUGAAGACAAGGGUGAACAAGAUGAUGAGGAUGCUUCAGCUACAGGACACACGUCAUCAUUGGAGCUUGAGGAGCGCAUUUUGAAGUUGAAAGAAGAAAGAGUAAAGAAAAAGUCUGAAGGUGCUUCUGAAGUUUUAGCUUGGGUUAAUAGGAGCCGAAAGCUAGAGGAGAAAAAGAACUCUGAAAAAGAGAAAGCCUUGCAGUUUUCCAAGAUGUUUGAGGAGCAGGACAAUAUUGUACAAGGAGAAGGUGAAGAUGAGGAAGCAGAGCAUCAGAAUACUGAUCAUCUAGCUGGAAUUAAAGUUCUUCAUGGUCUUGAUAAAGUGAUGGAAGGUGGAGCUGUUGUUUUGACUCUUAAGGAUCAGAAUAUACUUUCUUCUGGUGACAUUAAUGAAGAAAUGGAUAUGCUCGAAAAUGUUGAAAUUGGAGAGCAGAAGCGGCGAAAUGAGGCUUACAAGGCCGCAAAGAAGAAAACGGGAAUCUAUGAUGAUAAGUUCAGUGAUGAUCCCAGCUCAGAGAAGACGAUACUUCCACAGUAUGAUGAUCCAGAAGCCGAGGAUGGAGUAACUUUGGAUGCAAGGGGACAUUUCACUGGUGCAGCAGAGAAGAAACUAGAGGAGCUUCGAAAGAGGAUACAGGGUGUCUCAACAAGUAAUCGCUUUGAAGAUCUCAACUUGUCUGCAAAGGUCUCUUCAGACUACUAUACUAAUGAAGAAAUGGUUAAGUUUAAGAAGCCUAAAAAAAGGAAAGCAAUAAGGAAGAAAGAGAAGCUAGAUUUAGAUGCUCUUGAAGCAGAGGCAGUCUCUGCAGGUUUGGGUGCUGGGGAUCUUGGUUCUCGGAAGGACGGGAGAAGGCAUGCAAUCAGAGAGGAGCAAGAGAGAACCGAGGCUGAAAUGAGGAAUAGUGCAUACCAAUCAGCUCUUGCCAAAGCAGAUGAGGCAACUAAAUCACUGAGACUAGAACAAACUCUUCCUGUUAAAUUGGAGGAAGAUGAAAAUCCUGUUAUUGCUGAUGAUGACGAGGAUUUGUAUAAAUCCUUAGAAAGAGCAAGAAAAUUAGCUCUUAAAAAGAAAGAGGAGACAGCAUCUGGUCCUCAAGCAAUUGCACUCCUUGCCACCACCACUACCAGCAAUCAAGUUGUUGAGGAUCAAAACCCUACUAGUGGGGAGUCACAAGAAAACAAAGUUGUCUUUACUGAGAUGGAAGAGUUUGUGUGGGGUCUCCAGCUUGAUGAAGAUGCUCAUAAGCCUGACCAUGAAGAUGUUUUCAUGGAUGAAGAUGAAGGCCCAAGACCUUCUGAAGAAGAAAUAAAAGAUGAACCUGGUGGGUGGACAGAGGUUAAAGAGACUGAUGCAGAUGAGAAGCUAGCUGAUGAGUAUAAGGAGGAAAUAGUUCCAGAUGAAACCAUUCAUGAAGUUGCAGUUGGGAAAGGAUUAUCAGGUGCACUUAAGCUGCUCAAGGACCGUGGAACCCUUAAAGAAAGUAUUGAUUGGGGUGGCAGGAACAUGGACAAGAAAAAGAGCAAGCUUAUUGGCAUUGCUGAUGACAAUGCAGAGACUGAUAAUAGGUUUAAGGAUAUUCGCAUUGAAAGAACAGAUGAAUUUGGGAGAAUUAUGACUCCCAAGGAAGCCUUUAGGAUGAUUUCUCAUAAAUUUCAUGGGAAGGGGCCUGGAAAAAUGAAGCAAGAGAAACGCAUGAAGCAAUAUCAAGAAGAGUUGAAGUUAAAGCAAAUGAAAAAUUCUGAUACACCGUCUCUCUCUGUGGAGAGGAUGAGGGAAACUCAAGCUCGGUUGCAAACACCCUAUCUUGUCCUGAGUGGUCAUGUUAAACCAGGGCAAACUAGUGAUCCUCGAAGUGGCUUUGCUACCGUUGAGAAAGAUCUCCCAGGUGGCUUAACACCCAUGCUUGGGAAUAGAAAGGUCGAGCAUUUCUUGGGGAUAAAGCGCAAGGCUGAGCUGGGGAACACAGACUCUCCAAAGAAACCUAAAACGUGAAAUACAUGUGGUCUACUAUGCAAUCUGCAACUGAUUUGCCCUCGCAGUAUUGACUCGUACGUGCACCAUAUUUUCUUCUGCAAAUGGCAGAACCAUUUGUUUCUGCUGCUAUUUGACUUGAAACAAUAUUCACUUGUUAUGGUUAAUCAAAUGCUGAAAUUUUGGUGGGUGGAAUUUAUUGCUUGGAGGAUAUUAGCUUAGGUUCUGAAUGUUAACAAUUUUAUAUACAAUAUAUACAGGAUAAAUUAUAUAAUUAUCUUUAAUAUUCUA